UGAUCGGUCGCUCAGCGCCAUGGACAAUCCUUUGCGAUUGACAGAUCUGGUGUUUGGUGUCAUCUAUUUGUGCACCUAUUUCUUGAGCAAUGGUCCUAUUCUGAACUUCGUCGACCAAGUUGGUCUGAUUCUUUUGAUUGCUGGCGUUUUGGUGUGUCUGGGUAUCUCCAUCAAGAUACGCCUCAUCGGACAGAUGCGUUGGACCUUAGCGAAGAAAUUCUUCGAAAGUGUGAUGAACACCUCUGUUGGCACGGGACGGAGUGACGGGAUUGUAGGGCAGAUUAUUGGCACGAUCAUCAGCUCGGUGGUGAUGGUGACACUUGCUCUGACCCUCGGUUUGUUGGGCGCUGUCCUGGACAUUGCUGUGGAACUCCUCAGCGUGCUGGCCGUGCUGGUGCCCUUGGGGCUGCUCCUGGGAAUCCAAGUGAAACGUCGCAUGGCACCGGCCAUGCUCGAGGUGAUUUGCCCCAUACUGGGGCGCUUCGGCUUCUUCCUCCACCUCGCCUUGUCCGCGCGACUUCUCAGAGGACAUUCCCGGAGAAGCGCCUGACGGCAAAGUCGUGGCGCUGGAGUGGUGAAAAUGUGGAGCUGCGAGCGGC